CUUAAUUAAGCAUAGGGACACGUUUACCUGUUUAUUAUCAAAAGAGGCCACGACGCUGCAUAAUCGUGCAGAUUUCAGCAGAUCACGGAAUAGCAACAAAAACGAUGUCAUGAUGAACCCAUAAAUAGGCACUGUUCUUUAGCGUAGAGAAAGCGAGGCAACUGAUGGGUUCCGAAUAUUAUGCCGAAUUUUCAGCUUGCACUGUACACGCAGAAUGGAGACACAACUCUGUAUGAAACGAAGACUGUACUGAACGGCGAAGCGACCUGUGAAAUUAGUAAAAUGUUUUAUAAUUAAGAUAUCACUUCUAGGUACCUGUGACCAACCACGCCUGCAGAUUAUUGCCAGAGGUCACAUUAGUACUGCCUCUGCAACGUGCAACGUGGUAGCGUCUGUACAUCAUGAACAGGAACCAGCAUAUUGCAAAUGGAGAAGGAAAUGUAUCUGCAAACCAGAGUGCUUUUAAUGCUCAGCCUGGUAGUCACCAUUCUCUACAUAUGUCUACCACAUCUUUGAAUGCGGGUGCAGAAUUGCAAGGAGAAGAGAGAAUUCAGGGUCAGAAUGCCAAUAACACUCAGAAAGCAUUCCUUAGGAAGCGUGUGAGGACUCAGCUCUCCAUAGAUGAAAGAAAUUUUCUUCUGGCUGUACAGAGAGGUGAUAUUAGGGCUACAAAACGGCUUAUUGAUUCAGGUUCUGUGGACAAGGACUGUAUAGAUCCAAUGGGACGAACUGCUCUUGUACUUGCAAUUAUUAAUGAGGACCUGCCAAUGGUGACAUUACUCAUAUCGUUAGGUGUACAGGCGCAGGAUGCCCUGCUGCAUGCAAUUUCAGAGGAGUUUGUGGAAGCAGUGGAACUACUUCUUGACCAUGAAGCUGCAGUAACAGCAGAAGGACAACAAUAUAGUUGGGAGUCCUUGCCAUCAGAGAGUCGCAGUUUCAGUUGUGACAUUACUCCAUUGAUCCUAGCAGCACAUCUGGAUCACUUUGAAAUUAUCAGAAUGCUGUUAGAGAGGGGUGCCACCCUUCCUGUGCCACAUGUCAGGUGUGGCUGUUGUGAGUGUAUAACUUCAUGUACAAGAGACAGUGUGCACCAUUCACGCUCAAGGAUGAAUGCUUACCGUGCUCUGGCAAGUCCAUCGCUCAUAUGUUUGACAGCUAAAGACCCGAUUCUAUCAGCCUUUCAAUUGUCUUGGGAGCUUAGGAGACUGAGUUUUGAAGAGCAUGAGUUCAGAAGUGAGUAUCAGGAUUUGAAGAAGAAAUGCAAGGUCUUCGCUACAGCUUUGCUCGACCACACCCGGAGCUCACAUGAACUAGAAAUAAUUCUUAAUCAUGAUCCACUGGAGCCAGUGAUACAUAGUGAAGGACGCAUGCACCUUAGACGCCUCAGGCUGGCUGUGAGAUUUCAUCAGAAGGAGUUUGUGACACACCCAAAUGUUCAGCAACUUCUGGCAUCAAUCUGGUAUGAGGGUCUGCCAGGGUUCCGACGCAAGAACGUGUUUUUACAAUUUUUUGAAACAGUACGCAUUGCUGUUUCAUUCCCAUUCUUGUCACUAAUGUACAUUAUGGCUCCCACAAGUUCAUAUGGGCAGACACUGAAGAAGCCAUUCAUCAAAUUUAUUUGUCAUUCAGCAUCUUAUUUAACCUUUCUUGCCAUACUCAUUUGGGCAUCACAGAAGAAAGGUGAUGAGGAAUCGAAGCAAAACAAUAAUGAACCUAUAAAUUAUGUAACUAAAACAGCAUCCCAGAGGGCUCGACCAAGUGUUCCAGAAUAUCUCAUCAUUGCCUGGCUAUGUGGAAUGAUCAAGUUGGAGGUCAGAAGAAUAUUGGGUGAAGAGAACUUAAAGGAGUAUGUCAAGGACAUGUGGAAGGUAAUGGAUUUGGGAACAACUUGCCUGUACGUGAUUGUCAUCAUUCUUCGACUUCUUGCGUACUUUGAGGUGGUGAUUGUGAGAAUACCUUCAAAUAAGAGGACACAGUGCUGGGACCCUGCAGUGGAUGCCAUGGUUCUCUCAGAAUGUCUCUUGGCUGUAGCUAACAUAUUCAGCUGUCUGCGAAUGAUAUACAUCUUCUCUGUCAGUCAGUAUCUAGGACCAAUGCAGGUGUCCUUGAGCCGGAUGGUAACUGACAUGGUCAGGUUCUUCCUGCUGUUUAUGCUUGUACUGUUUGCUUUCUCGUGUGGGCUGAAUCAACUUCUUUGGUAUUAUGCUGCUACUGAAAGAAAGAAAUGCUGUGAGAUGAACACAACUGCUAUGAGUCAAACAGGCAACAGGUUAAAUUCAUCUUCAUCAUCUGUCUUAUGCUUAACAACAACACACUGGAAUAAGAAUGACACAUGGACAGCUUCCAAAAGUGAAUCAAUCUGUCAACUUAAUAGUACAGCAUCAGCCUCUGGUGAUGACUGUGAAAUUCGAAUGAGAUUUGCAAACUUGUUUGAGGCUAUGCAGACAUUGUUCUGGACAGUUUUUGGAGUAAUAGACAUGAACCAGUUCAAUCUGUCUAACAUCGAGAGCUUCACCAAGUUCUCAGCUAAGACAAUCCUAGGCACAUACACUGUUAUUACCAAUGUGGUGCUUCUCAACCUUCUCAUUGCUAUGCUGAACAAUUCCUACCAACUAAUUUCCGGCAGAGAAGACGUAGAAUGGAAAUUUGCCCGCAGCAAACUGUGGAUCAGUUACUUUGAUGACAAAUGCACCCUCCCUCCACCAUUCAAUGUUUUGCCAACAUCAAAGUUCCUAGUGCGUCUAGGCAAGUUCUUCAAGUGCUGCCCCUGUUAUAAGUCACGUUUCUUUUCCGAGUGCUGUUCUUGUGACAGUACACCAGUUGUUACAAGUGAGCCUGAGGAACUUAGGGAGGAAUUGUUGAAAGAACAAGAGUCCAAUUAUGAGAAAGUGAUGCAUCGCUUGGUUGGACGUUACAUCAUGAUGUCCCAACAAAGUGCAGAGCACAAUGCCGUCAGCGAAGAUGACAUAAAUGAAUUAAAACAGGACAUUUCGGCCUUCCGAUGUGAACUGAUUGACAUCUUACAGCAGUCUGGCUACACUGUAAAUGCAUACUGUAAUGCAGGUCUAGGAGGCCGUAAGACGAGGCAAAGAGAGCGCCGUAUGAUGAAAAAUUUUGAUGUUAUCCCCACUCGUGAAGAUCUUCCUCACCUGCAGCAUGAAAUCGUAUCUUCCACUGCCCCUGUACUGACAGCUGCAAGCAAACCUGCAACCACCAUGGGCUCUUCUGCUUUAGUAGCACUUAAAAAGAAACGCAAGAAAUUCUUUGCUGCAUCACCAAAGGACAGAGGUUCCUCAAACAAGCAGAUACUACACGCAGGUAGCACUCCACAACGAUCUUCUUCAGUUAUGCAGCAAAAAGCACAACCUUUACAAGUCCAGUCACAAAAGCAGGCAGAAAUUGUGGAAGGAAUCAUGUCACCAUCCACAACCAGUGAAAGUGUUACAACUCACUCCAGUGAUACAUUUGAAGCCAGUGUGGAAUCUCAGGAGGAACUGGUAUCACCCACUGUCAAGGAAGGUCUCUAGAAUCUGUAUGAUACUGAACUAGGCACAAGUUUUCAUUUCUGUGCCAUGGUGUCUGUUAAGUCCAUUCAGUACUGUGCCUUGCUGCUGCUGGCUCAACUCACUGCUAGUUAUGUGUUCCAUGCUUCACCUUGUCUUAAUGGUGUGGCUUGUCUGACAUGCACUUUGCUGCAUUCACACAGGAUAAAGUGAAAGCCAAGGUCAUCUUUCAGUAGUUCCAAAGUAUGAAGAUCUUUUCAUGUACAGUUUUGAUGUUGAACCACACCAAAAACCUGCUGAUCCUAUUGGUAGUUUGCAUACAGAAUACUGUGGCUGCCCUGUACAGCACCACCCACUGUCAAAGUGACUUCAGAUUAGGGUUAAAGGCCUAGUAAUGUCUACUGUUAAAGAAAACAUUGGGUGCAUCCCUUCUUUCGCGACAAUUUAAACUCAGGUGUUCAUAUUGUUUCAAAAGAACUUAAUCAGAAUACAGAACUGUUCAAAUCAUUUUACAGAAUGCGCAUUGAAAGUUUUUCUUUAUUAGUGGAUCUUGUAGGACCUCAGAUUCGAAGACAAGAUACACAUUUUUGUACAGCUGUGUCAGCAGAACCAUAAGCAAAAUUAUAGUUUUGUAUAUUGCAAUUUUUAUGUUUCUGGACAGCAGA